AUGAUAGUGGAUUACAAAGGAGAUGUUAUGGACAUGCAGGGAAACGACCUGCUAAUAAAUCACAUAGAUAGUAAUGAAAAGGGUGGAAAGUACAACGUCCGUUUGUUUAAAUUAAAGUCCAAGAACGACAAGUCAAGGCAAUAUGAAAUUAGCAAUUCGAUGUCAUCUCAGUCAUUCUUGAAAGGGUACCUACACAACAAUAGUUCCGAUUUGGUGAUGCUCACAGAUGAUACUUUUUCUCUGUACGAUUGUGAAAAAAAAAAAAAAAAAAUGUUAAUAAAUUUGAAUGAUUGCAAACCAAUCGAUUUUGUAUAUUUUAAAAAAAAUAUCAUAUUUAUACAAAAGAAUAAGUGUUCACUAUUUCAAGCAAGGACUAAUGGCAAAUGUAACAUUAUGCUAAAUUUGAAGGAGCCUCCUGUGAAGGUGAAUUUUUGUUCCCAUAUGAAAAACAUGAUAUAUUUAAGCACAAAAAGUAGAGUAUAUUUUUUAAAGCUCCUUUUUUUGAAGGACAAAACGUUGAAGCUGAGUAAUACGAAUAUGAAUCUCCCUGUAAAAUGCCGACAGGAGGAACAUGUAUUCCAUUCUCAUCGAAAUGAAAGUCAGCAGGGGAGGAACGAAUACAAGGAGGUCAUACACGUCUGUAGUUACUCAUGUAAGGAUGUCACUGUGUACAAAUUGGUAAAGGGAAAAGUGAAGAAUAAAAAGAAAUGCUUCACCAAGCUUGAUAUAAGGAUGCUAAAUGAUGAGUCUAUAAAAGGGGUUUUUUUUUUCAAGGUCAAACACCCUUCGAAGGGUUACAACUGUGGGGAGGAGUCCGCACGAGAGGAGAGACAUCUUGGUACCUCCAACGCGGAUGAUGAAAAAGUGAAUCAUGUGAGUCAUACCAGCGAGGGAGAAAAUUCCCACCAUGUUGUAGACUCCAAAGAAGUACUUGAAGGGGAAGGCCACACUGGGGAGGUAAAACUAGUCAAUGAACUACAAACAAGCAGCACAUCCGCUACGAACGAAAAUAUUAUGAAGCUGUACCUACUCAUAUACAGCGAGAGUGGCAAAGUACUUAUAUACCUCAUCGACCACCUGAAUAUCCCCCUUUUUAAGUUCGGUCUAGCACAUGUCAGUAAGUGCCCUCUAGCACACAUGCAGCUUCCAUUCAAAGUAGCGCAAAUAUAUAACGCAACUGAUCAUCUUCUCAAAAGGGUAAUGAAACAGAAAAAUAUCAUAAAAAAGAAGAAAGAAAAUUCCCCCAAUUUUGCAAAAUACAUAGAACAUAUGGUUAACAAAGACGUCUACAUAAAUAGUAACUUUUUUAUGGAUACAAUUUUUGUCAAUGAAAAAUCAGCUAUUGUUUAUACUAUACAGAUUCAUCAUGAUUUUUUAACCCUACCAGAAAAGGCUACAGAAGCUGUGCUGCUGAAGGUGAUGAACUCGAAUGAGAAAAUUGUGGCUAUUAAAGAUGUGGAGGAUAGUGAGGUGAAAAAAAAUUUGGUUUACAAAAUUUUGAAUGAAUCAAAAUUUUCUUGCUACUCUGAUAGUGACUCCUACAUUGACAGCGACAUCACGUGGAAUGACGACAGUGACAAAACGGACAGUUGCGAUGAGGAAAAAUCGGAUUACAGCGAGUGUGAGGUAACUGCGGACCAGGGCCAUGUGGCUAAAGGCACAGGGGAUGGCGCGGGGGAUGACGCGGCGAAACCCGACUUGCCCCUGCCCGGGGGGAAACCCCAAUUAGCACAAAUGGUCUGCGAUGAGUCGAGUAAAAACGCUCCAAGAAGAUGUGCCCCUAACGAUGCGCAGAACGAUCUGCAGAGCGAUCUGCAUGGCGACUUGCAGAACGACUUGCAGAACGACUUGCAGAAAGACCUGCAGAAGGACUUGCAGAACGACCUGCAGAACGACCUAAAGAACGACCUAAAGAACGACCUGCAGAACGACCCUCCUGAAGACGCAUCCGCCCCCGAGGAAGAACCCUCCGAUGGAAGCAGCCAUGAAAGGGAUCAUCUCAAACGGGGCGAGGAACGCGCCACAAAGGGAACCCCGCAGGGAGCGGACGAAUUCGAGGUCACCACGAAUGUGUCAAGAAAUGAUGGAAGUUUGUCCAACUCGACGCGCGAUAAGAAUGGGACACACGCGUCGUGCAGUUCGACGCCGUCCUUGGGGGGCAGCGACAGUGUGCAGGGCGGGGUGGAGGAGGAGCAAACGGAUGAAUUGGGAGAAGCAGGAAAAGUAAACGGAAUGAACGGAGCGAGCGGAAUGAACGGAAUGAACGGAAUGAACGGAGCGAGCGGACUGAGCGAAUUGAGCGGAGUGAAGGACGAUUUCGCCGAAGGGGCGGGCGAACAAAAGGGGAAGGCCAACUUAAGAGGCCGAAAGGGCGAGGGAAGGAAAAAAAGAAAAUUGAAAAAUGAGGAAAGUGCACCAGGGACGGAGGUUGCAAAGGGAAAUUUUGCACAAUGCGAAAAUGUGAAGAAGCCUAAAGUAGGAGACAGUUCAUCAGACGAAUUGACGGGCGAAGUGGCAGAUGACGUGACGGGCGAAGUGGCAGAUGUCGUGACGGGCGAAGUGGCAGAUGACGUGACGGGCGAAGCGGUAGAUGUCCUGCCUAGCCGGAACAAAACGAACAAGACGGAGGACUGCUUUAACGAUUUAGACAGCCACUCCGAAGGUGAGAGGAAAAACAAUCAUGAAGAAAGUGCAAUCACCCCCAGUGACAAAUUUUUAGCGUUGUCAUCCAUGAUAAAGUUAAAUAUAUCCCUAGGAAGAUACUGUAAGUUAUGUAUGUUGGUCAAUAUAAAGGACAAGAAAUUAAUCAAAGAUACAGUUGCCAAUUUGGGAAAAAAAUAUUCCAUAAAAUUGUUAGAGCUUCUUUUGAAUUCUCUAGCGAGGAAUAGGUUCUAUCUAGGCACUUUUUUUUUCUGGAUUAAAGCCAUAUGUAAAGAGUAUAAAGACACGCUGAAGGGCAGGAAGCAUCGUAGACUCGUGACCAAAAUAUCUCUCAUCGCGGAAAACAAUUUGAAGUAUGAUU